AUAGUGGAUUAUCGAACGGCAUCAACACUAUUUGAGAGAGGACCGGACCCUGUUUGUGAGUGGAGCUUGUUUAUGCCAAAGAAUACUCACAUAGUUACAUAUAUUUUCUUCCUAAUAAAAUUAUCUCUCAUACCGUUCAGGUUUACUAUAUAAAGUUUCUCACAUAUUACACUUUACCUCUAAUUUAUAAGGCAAAAUGGUUGUAAGACAAUAUAAUGAAGAGCUUAAAUACUUGGAGAAAAUUAACCCUUAUUGUUGGAGAAUUAAAAAAGGAUUCCAACCUAACAUGAACGUGGAAGGAGUAUUUUAUGUCAAUAGCACUUUGGAGAAAUUAAUGUUGGAUGAGCUGAAAAAUUCGUGCCGGCCUGGUAUGACUGGUGGUUUUUUGCCGGGCGUUAAACAGAUAGCUAAUGUAGCCGCUUUGCCGGGGAUCGUGGGCCGGUCAGUCGGCUUACCCGAUGUGCACUCAGGAUAUGGAUUUGCUAUUGGUAAUAUGGCAGCAUUUGAUAUGUCUGACCCUAAAUCAAUAGUUUCUCCUGGAGGGGUUGGGUUUGAUAUCAAUUGUGGUGUGCGUUUACUAAGAACAAAUUUACAUGAAAAAGAUGUGCAACCAAUCAAGGAACAACUUGCGCAAAGUUUAUUUGAUCACAUUCCUGUAGGAGUUGGCUCAAAAGGCAUUAUUCCAAUGAAUGCUCGUGACAUGGAGGAAGCAUUAGAAAUGGGGAUGGAUUGGUCUCUACGAGAAGGAUAUGUUUGGGCUGAAGAUAAAGAACAUUGUGAAGAAUAUGGACGAAUGCUUAAUGCAGAUCCCUCUAAAGUUAGCCUUCGAGCUAAGAAAAGAGGUUUGCCGCAACUUGGAACAUUAGGUGCUGGAAACCACUAUGCAGAGAUUCAAGUAGUUGACGAAAUAUUUGAUAGAUAUGCUGCUGGUAAAAUGGGUAUAGAGAGAGUUGGGCAAGUGUGUGUUAUGAUCCAUUCAGGAAGCAGGGGUUUUGGCCAUCAAGUUGCUACUGAUGCCCUAGUACAGAUGGAAAAGGCCAUGAAAAGAGACAAUAUUGAGACCAAUGAUAGACAGUUAGCUUGUGCCAGGAUUAACUCUGUAGAGGGUCAGGAUUAUUUGAAAGCUAUGGCUGCAGCUGCCAAUUUUGCAUGGGUUAAUCGUAGUUCAAUGACUUUCCUCACUCGUCAAGCAUUUGCGAAACAAUUUAAAAUGGCACCAGAUGACUUAGACAUGCAUGUCAUAUAUGAUGUCUCUCAUAACAUUGCCAAAGUCGAAGAACACAUGGUAGAUGGAAAAGUAAAGACAUUACUUGUUCAUAGAAAGGGUUCCACCAGAGCAUUCCCUCCGCAUCAUCCUCUGAUACCUGUUGAUUACCAACUGACUGGCCAACCUGUCCUCAUUGGUGGUACCAUGGGAACAUGCAGUUAUGUCCUCACAGGGACACACCAGGGAAUGACAGAGACAUUUGGUUCUACAUGUCAUGGAGCUGGCCGUGCACUGUCCCGUGCUAAAUCUAGAAGAAAUCUUGACUACAAAGAUGUCUUGACUAAAUUAGAAUCUUUAGGCAUAUCCAUUCGAGUGGCGUCACCCAAGUUAGUAAUGGAGGAAGCCCCAGAGUCUUACAAAAAUGUAACCGACGUUGUCAACACAUGCCAUGCUGCUGGGAUCAGUAAAAAAACUGUGAAGUUACGACCAAUUGCAGUUAUCAAAGGAUAACCUACUUAUUAAAAAAUAAAAAGUUGGGAGUCUAAUUCAGCAAGAAUGUAUGAUUCUAUUCAAAAUAUACUGUUAUUAAAAAGAAGCAUGCAGUAUUAAAGGUUAUAUAUCUUUGCAGUGUGACAAUAGGCAUUAUCUAAAUUUUCAAAGUUCUUUAUAAGUAUUUCCAAUAGAAUUUCAUGAGAAAUGCCGUAUUUGCCGUGCCGGCUUUGUCUACCCUAUACGGAACUUACGACGGGAUAUACGUUACACUCUUCGCAAGAAAGCUGACGCCCGCGCGUGCGUUGGUCGUUGCCGCAUUUACAAACUUACGAAUUUGUGAAAUUUACAAAUAUCCAAAUUUGACAACAUUCGGUUGUUGGAAAAUUUGGAUAUUAUUCUAAGUCACCGAGUGUUACGUAAUACGUAUAUCUUGGCAUAAAUAUAAUUAUACUUACACAUUCGGCAAUAUUUUUCUGUCAAAAACCAGCGCCGUGCAUUAAAAAUAUUUUGCUAAAUAAUUAACAUAUUUAGCAAUUCAUUUCAUCAAAAUAGAUAGAUACACAUGUAUAAUAGACAUUACAAAUAUAAUUCGUCGGCAGAAAGCAAUAAGUUUAAAUGUAAGUUUACUAAAACGUUUGUAGGUACUUGAGAUUAAAUAAAUUUAUUUAUAAAAAGGGUUGGUAUUUUUUGAAUAAAUCUAACCCAAAUUUAUUCCAUUCCCAUACAAUUACUAGCAAGAAACAAUUUUUUUUUAAAAGCUCUAUAUUACAGACCUAUAGCCUUAUGGUGGGGAUGUGGAUUUUUAUAACAAUACUUGCGACCCGCCCGCCACGCAAGGGUGCGAUCUGCAAAUAAACCUCCAUCUCGAAUCACUUAUCUAAAGAAACCUGUAGUUUGUUGGGUAGUUUUAAAAAUUUAAAGCACCCAGAGGAACAGACAGCACGAAGCGACUUUGUUUUAUACUAUGUAGUGAAAAAACAAGUUAUUUUAAAGUUUUAUUAACAACUGACAACAAACGACUGAGCUAUAAGAAAUAAAUUAAGCCUAACAUUUUUGGAGAUACCUUAUAACUACGAUUGAGCCCGCUCAACAUUGACUAUUUUUUGGUUAUAUUACUUUUAACUUAUCAGCUAUGAUCACUAGCAACGCUGUGCCCAGGAAAAAUAAUCCUGACGGUAACACUGUAAUGGCAUCGUCAGAUUGUUCUGUAACAAAU